CCUCGCCCUUCUUAACCCGGAGCCUCCGCGGCCUCCUGCCGCUCCUGCCGCUCGGAGGUUGGGAACCAUGCCGGCGCCCUACACGCGGAUGGUGGGCCGUGGAGCCUUCUCGCUUCGGAGAUGGUCUGCGGUGCCAGUGCGUUGGGCCCACGCGCCCCGCGUGCUCCACGGCGACUUGGCCAAACUCUCCGGCCGGGCUCAGGAGUUCGUCGAGCAAGGGGUGCGACUCUGCCAACCGGACAGCCUCCACAUUUGCGACGGGACGGAGAAAGAGAACACCAAAAUCUUGAAUUUCCUAGAAUCGGAAGGCGUCAUCAAACCGUUGACGAAAUACGAGAACUGCUGGCUGGCGAAAACCGACCCCAAAGAUGUGGCUAGGGUAGAGAGCCGGACGGUCAUCGUCACGGAGAACCAGAGGGACACGAUUCCCGUCACGGCCCCGGGGGUCAAGGGUCAGCUGGGCAACUGGAUGAACCCCAAAACCUUUCAAGAGGCGGUGGACGAUCGGUUCCCGGGUUGCAUGAAAGGGCGCACCAUGUACGUCAUCCCCUACAGCAUGGGCCCCCUCGGUUCGCCCCUGUCUAAAAUCGGGAUCCAGCUGACGGAUUCGGCCUACGUGGUCGCCAGCAUGCGAAUCAUGACGCGGAUGGGCGCGGCGGCCCUCCGCACGCUCGGGGAUGGCGAGUUCGUCAAGUGCCUGCAUUCGGUGGGGCGGCCUUUGCCCCUUAGCGAAGACCUCGUGAACAACUGGCCUUGCAAUCCGGAGAAGACCUUAAUCGCCCAUGUGCCGAACCGCCGAGAAAUCGUGUCUUUCGGCAGCGGCUACGGCGGCAAUUCCUUGCUGGGGAAGAAAUGCUUUGCCCUCCGUAUCGCUUCUUGCAUCGCCAAGGACGAAGGCUGGCUGGCCGAGCACAUGCUGAUUCUGGGACUCACCAACCCGGAGGGCAAGAAGAAAUACGUGGCGGCCGCCUUCCCGAGCGCCUGCGGAAAGACCAACUUAGCCAUGAUGAAUCCUACCUUGCCAGGCUGGCGCGUGGAAUGCGUCGGGGACGAUAUCGCGUGGAUGAAGUUCGACAGCGAAGGUUGCCUGCGUGCCAUCAACCCCGAGAACGGCUUCUUCGGGGUGGCCCCGGGCACGUCCACUCGGACCAACCCCAACGCCAUGCAUACCAUCCAGCGUAACACCAUCUUCACCAAUGUGGCCGAGACCAGCGAAGGCGGCGUCUACUGGGAGGGCAUCGAUCAGAGGAUUCCGGAAGGGGUCACCAUCAGCACCUGGCAAGGAAAACCUUGGAAGCCAGGGGACCCACAACCAGCCGCUCAUCCGAAUUCUCGCUUUUGUGCCCCGGCUCGACAGUGUCCCAUCAUGGAUCCGGAUUGGGAAUCGCCUCAGGGGGUCCCCAUCGACGCCAUCAUCUUUGGGGGCAGGAGACCAGUAGGGGUACCAUUGGUGUACGAGGCCUUCAACUGGCGCCACGGAGUCUUCGUGGGCAGCGCCAUGCGGUCGGAGUCCACGGCGGCGGCUGAGCACAAAGGCAAGGUCAUCAUGCACGACCCCUUCGCCAUGCGUCCGUUCUUCGGCUACAACUUCGGCCGCUACCUGGAGCACUGGUUGAGCAUGGAAGGGCGGAAGGGCGUCCGCCUCCCCAAAAUUUUCCACGUCAAUUGGUUCCGGAAAGAUAGCGCCGGGAAUUUCUUGUGGCCAGGUUUCGGGGAGAAUUCUCGGGUCCUGGAUUGGAUCUUCCGCCGGGUAGACGGAGAAGAAUGCGCGAAGGAAACCCCCAUCGGAUACGUCCCCAAAGAAGGCGCCUUAAAUCUCUCCGGCCUAAGCCAGGUGAGCCAUUCGGAGCUCUUCUCGCUGCCCAAGGAAUUCUGGGAACAAGAGGUCCGAGAAGUGAGACAAUAUCUGACGGAACAAGUGCCUGAGGACUUGCCCAAAGAAGUCUUGAAAGAACUGGAAGCCUUGGAGACCCGGGUGAAGAAGAUGUGAGGGACCUCAACCGUAGAAGACGUCCAACCAAAGACCAAAGUUUCUUCCCCUGGUUUUCGGAGCGGGAAGACGAGAUAUCAGGGCCUUUGUUUACAGAAAUAUCCAUUCCUCUUUUUCUUAUCAGCUAAGACUCUCUCGUCUCAGGUGUCCCAUAUCGCGUUUCCAAGGUCAGAUGAUGGCCACCCAACCUUCUUCCUCGGCUUUGCGUACUUUCCUUGGAUGGAGUCACCUUGCUUGAUGCCUCUUGUUUCGCUUCCUUCCUCCGUGGCGGUCAUUCUUUCAGCCGGUGGUGGGAUUCAGAUAAUUUAACAACCAGUUCUCUGCCCUAAUGACCAGCUAGGUAGGCGUGGCUGGGUGAUCAUGUGACUGGGUGGGCGUGGCCAACUCGACAUCACUCACGUCGAGGGGCACCUCACCUCGCCCAGCCUCCCCUCGCCGCGCCUGGCCCUGCUUUGCCCCUCCCCUCCCAGCCACUCCUUGUCACACCCUGCUACUCACCCUGCUGCCCAGCCGGGCGAGCAGGUGGGUGGUGAGGCGAGGAGUGGCUGGGAGGGGAGGGGCCAGGCGUGGUGAGGCACGCUAUUCAGCCGGUUCGCCGAACUGUGCAAAAAGUUAGCUACCGGUUCUACCAAACCGGUGCGAACCGGCUGAAUCCCCACCACUGCUUUCAGCUCUGGGGAAACGAGAAGGGGGGGUUGGCCUUUCAUUUUAUGAGUUCACGUGUGCCUUCUGAGAGGUUGAUUCUCCUCCGUGCAUCUUCUCAGUAGCUGCUCCGGAGAGGGAUUGGUCUUUGGCCAGCUGUCUUUUUCAUUAUUAUUUUUUUUUAAUUUGGAAAAAUCAUUGAGAGAGAGGGAAGAAGGAAAGAUUGGGAGAGGGGGACGGGAAAAGACAUUUAAAACGAACGUGGAAGGUAGUUGCAAGAUUUAUCUCCAACGCUUAUAUUUCUGGAGGCAGAAACAAGAGUUUUCCAUGAGACCUUCUCAGGCCUACCGUGAUUAGGAUAACAGUUCCAUUGAAACAUAGCACAAAAUAUCCGAGUUGCGAGGGGCUUUAGAAGGUCAUCUAGUCCAAUCCCCUUGCCCAAAGCGGGAAAUCCUUUACCAUUUCAGACAAACGGUUGUCCAAUCUCUUCUUAAAAACCUCUCUGUUGGAGCAGCAGCCACAACUUCUGGUGGCAAGCAGUUCCACGGGUUAAUUGUUCUCCCUACACCACUUCAGACAAAUGGUUAUCCAACACCUUAAGGUUAGAAACUUUGUCGGUGUUUUAACACGCGAGGGGCACGAGUUUUGAUUUUUAUCAGACUGAUAAAGAUGGUCGACAGGAAGAAGUAGUGAGCCCAAAGACCAAAAAAAUCUAGAGAAAUGACAUGACUCGCUAACCGAAUCCUGCGAAGUGGACCAAGUAUCAUAAAAAGACGAAUCAUUUUUCAACCUUUCAAACGAGCGAAAUUCACGUCGGCUUGAGGAGCGAGGAAUAAAGUGGUCGAAAUGUUUAACCAUUCAUCCAUUCAUCAAAUCUGGCCUUCGGGCAAAAGGCUACUUUGCAGGGUCGAAAUAAGAUAGUGGCCUUGGGUUGGAUGUGGAUCCGGGUGAGGGGGUGGUCGGUGCCUUUUUAAUUCGCAUUGCUAUGGAAAUCAUGGGAAUCGUUGUUUUAGAUCAGAAUUUCUCAAACAUGGUCGCUUUUAAGACGUGUGUCAGCACUUCAAUAAGAAGAAGUGGAGGCAUCUGGAAAGGGACGUUUGACUUUUCACCUACUUAUUUUCCCUGGAGAUAAUAUCCCCUAGGAGAUGGGAUGGGAGGGGGGAAAUUCCUUUCAGCUGGAGCAGUAGAUUAGGGGUAGAGUGACUUGGAAGAUGGCCAAUGAGCGCAGGGGAGUGGGGAACGGAAAGGGAAGGUUUUGCGUCUGGAAGUCAGUGUUGGCUACGUUGGAGUCGGAUUUAGAAUGUUGUGCUUAAUAAAUGGGAGUUUUUUUCAUCAAAGACUUUGUUUGAAAUGCAAUUUAUUUGAGACGACCUCGAAAUCUGACAACGUGUGGACUUCGACUCCCAGAAUUCCCCAGCCAGAAUUCUGAGAGUUGAAGUCCAGAAAUCUUAAAAGUGUCCAUGUUUGAAAGAUACUAGUUUAAAUGUUUUCAUGACAAUGUGAGCAACAACUAAUGAAGAAUCCACUUUUUAGCCGAAUGAAUUUGUUAAAUCCAGUGAGGGGAAUAAAUUACAUUAUAAUUAGCUCCUAUCAUGCUAAAACGGGCCUGUUACACUUAAUCAGCUGUGAAUUUUAGUAGUUAUUAAGCGGAAUUUUUAAUCGGUGCUCAAUGUGAAAGUCAAUUUCCUCUUAUUUGUCUACAUUCCUCGUACAUCUAGAUUCUAUAUAACGGGUUUAUAUAUGCCUUGUCUUUUUUUUAAAAUUGCCAAUAAUGUGCUGGAUUUUACCGUUGUGAGAAGGACACGCUGCGGAAGAGACAAGAAAAGGCCAAGAAAAAUAAAACUGCUCAACAUUUUUUGGGUAGAGUUGUGGGACCAGAAACAAAACGACAUCUGCAAAAAUUAAAAAAAAAAAAAAAACUAGAAAAAGUUACAUGAUUGACUAAAAUUUAAUUGGUGCGCGUGGCAGGGAGGAUUCUGAAACAGAAAAAAAAAAGAACCCCCGUAUUUUAUUAAUAAUAAACACAAAUAAGAAUAAUAA